ACAACUAAAGAGUUCAAUGCAAGGGUAAGAAGAUGACGUUGACGAAAACAAAGGAAUCUUCAAUGAAAAACUCAACAACGAAGGAUUCCCAAGAGAAGGACAAAUGGUACAGAAUAGCACUAAGUGUUGUUAUAUUACUCACAGUUGUCACACGAUUCCACAAAGUUCUGGAGCCAGAUCAUGUGUGUUGGGAUGAAACACAUUUUGGAAAAAUGGGAAGCUGGUAUAUAAAUCGAACAUUCUUUUUCGAUGUACAUCCACCACUGGGAAAAAUGCUGAUUGCUCUUUCUGGUAAGCUUACGGGAUACAAUGGAACUUAUCCAUUUGAGAAACCAGCUGACAAAUAUAACGGAACAAACUACGAAGGAAUGAGAGUUUUUUGUACUGCACUUGGUGCUGCAAUCGUGCCAAUGGCUUUUGAGACAGUUUCAGAUCUUACUGGCUCUGUUCAAGCUGCUUUCAUCUCUGCUGGAUAUAUUAUUUUUGACGUUGGAAUGAUUACACUUAAUCAGUACAUCUUACUUGACCCACCUCUGCUUUUCUUUAUGGCUGCGAGUGUCAUGGGAAUGGUGAAAGUAUCAAAAUUCACCCAAAACCAAAGUUUUACAAGAAGAUGGUGGCAAUGGUUGAUGUUUACAGGAACAAUGAUAGCUUGUACGAUUAGUGUUAAAUUUGUUGGACUUUUUGUCGUCCUGCUUGUGGGAUUUCAAACAAUUUCUGAUUUAUGGAACGUUCUUGGAGAUUUAUCGAAGCCAAUUUUUUAUUCCAUCUAUCAAUUAGCAGCAAGGGCCUUUGCUCUGAUUCUGUGGCCGAUAAUCCUCUACAUUUUCUUCUUCUACAUUCAUUUAUCAGUUCUCAAUAAAAGUGGAAAUGGCGAUGGAUUUUACAGUUCAGGUUUUCAAAGUAGAUUAAUUGGAAAUUCACUUUAUAAUGCCAGCAUGCCAAGAGAAGUUGCUUACGGUGCUAUCAUCACACUCAAGAACCAUAAAACAGGUGGAGGAUAUCUUCACUCUCACUUUCAUUUGUAUCCGAAGACUGUUGGAGCUCGACAACAACAAGUCACAACUUAUACACAUAAAGACGAUAACAAUAAGUGGCUCAUCAAACCUUAUGAUCGUGAAACGUUUGGAAAGAAAAAUGUGACGAUUGUUAAAAACGGCGACUUAGUUCGACUCGAACAUUUUCAGACAAGAAGAAAUCUCCAUUCUCACAAUGAGAAAGCUCCGAUUACUGUGAAACAUUUCCAAAAUGGAACUGGUGAUGCUAAUGACAUUUUUAAAAUUCUUAUUGUGAAUGGAAGAGAAGGCGACCCAAUCGAAACAGUCAGCACAAAAUUCAAAUUGAUUCAUUACUUUCAACAUUGUGCUGUAACGUCACCUGGAAAGCAAUUGCCGAAAUGGGGUUUUGAGCAACAGGAAGUGUCAUGCAAUCCAAAUUUACGCGACAAAAAUGUGCUUUGGAAUGUCGAAGAUAAUUACUUUGAGAUGUUGCCAAAUGUGAGCUUUCACGUUUAUGCGCCCAGUUUUAUUUCAAGAUUCUUAGAAUCACAUGCGGUUAUGUUGCAGGGCAAUGCUGGCUUGAAGCCAAAGGAGGGCGAGAUCACCAGCAGACCAUGGCAAUGGCCAAUUAACUACAAGGGUCAAUUUUUCUCGGGUGGAAACUUCCGUAUUUAUCUGUUGGGCAAUCCUAUCAUCUGGUGGAGCAACUUAGUGUUCAUGGCGUUGUUUUUAUUGACUUAUUUUAUAGCAGCCGUAAAACAGCAACGGGGAUACGAAGAAUCAGAGGAGAUUCAAAAGAAAGAGUAUAAAUGGAGAUCACUGAAUGCUGGAAUGUGGCUGUUCAUGGGAUGGAUUUUGCACUAUUUGCCAUUCUGGGCAAUGGGACGAGUUCUUUAUUUCCAUCACUAUUUCCCAGCUGUCAUUUUCAAUUCUAUGUUGACAGGCGUAAUGUUUAACUAUCUUGCUGAAAGGAUGCCAAAUUGGAUGAAGCACGUAGCAAUUGGCACAAUUUUCGGUAUUCUCUCUUAUAGCUUCAAACUAUUCCAACCAUUAGCCUACGGAUUCGCAGAUGCUUCUACUGAAAGCAAUUCAACAAUGUUUGGAUUACGGUGGCUGGAAUCGUGGGAGUUUUGAGUGGUGAUUAAAAGCUAUGAUUUAUUGAAAAAUGCAGAGAAUUCUCUCUUCAGAUAGAAUGAAAAUUUCGUGAGUUAUAGCAGUAAAACCAGCGGUAUGCUGCAUCGUUUCAAUGAAAUAUUUCCACUUAGCAUUAAUAUGAGAAUUUUAAUGGAAAAAUUAUGAGCAGAAAUUAUUUAUUUAUUUAUUUAUCUAUGAAAGUUGAAUGCAAUGAUAAUAAAAGUUUUAAACUUCGAGAUUAAUUAAAAUAUUUAAAAUAAA